AUGACAGAGGAAAUGGACCAGACACUGUCACUACCUGAUGAAUAUCCUGAUCCAUAUGUGGCGGACGGAGCUGUGCUGAAUGGAGCCUCGGAGGAGGAAAACACCAAACAUCAGUCAGUAAAAUGCAGCCCUAACCUGCUGCAGAUGCUAAAGGCAGCAGAGAGCAGGAGGACACCUCAGGGUCGGGACAGAGACGGGGCGGAUGCGUCUGAGUUUGGGGCACGAGAGCUGGUGACUGAAGCUCUGAAGACUGACAUGCAAAUACAGUUCACUGACCAGAAUCAAGAAUUCAACAAACGUCCCGCCAACACUGGUCGUCGCUCUCUGUCUCGUUCCAUCUCCCAGUCGUCUACAGAUAGCUUCAGUUCAGUGUGCAGUGACAGCUCUGAGGAUGAGUCCUCUCCCAGAGACAAGGCACAGAAGACCUCCAAAGGCCUUUCUGACUUCUGCAUCAAAAACAUCAAGAAGGCCGAAUUUGGACGCAGAGAAAUAAUAAUCGCACAGCAAGAAAUGCCAGCGCUGAUGGUCCUAAGGAAAAGAGCAGGUGGGGAGAAACCUCUGGCUGGAGCCAAAGUGGUGGGCUGCACACACAUCACUGCACAGACAGCGGUGUUGAUCGAGACUCUGUCUGUGUUGGGGGCUCAAUGCCGCUGGGCGGCCUGUAACAUCUUCUCCACUCAGAACUCGGUGGCUGCUGCUCUGGCUGAAGGAGGCACCUCAGUGUUUGCGUGGAGAGGAGAAUCAGAGGACAACUUCUGGUGGUGCAUUGACCGAUGUGUCAGUGCUGAGACUUGGCAGCCCAACAUGAUUCUGGAUGACGGUGGCGACCUGACCCACUGGAUCCAUAAGAAGUACCCGAGCCUGUUCAAGAACAUCAAAGGCAUCGUGGAGGAAAGUGUUACAGGCAUCUAUCGGUUAUACCAGCUGUCAAAGGCAGGCAGGCUGUGUGUCCCAGCCAUGAACGUUAAUGACUCGGUGACCAAGCAGAAAUUUGACAACCUUUACUGCUGCAAGGAGUCCAUUCUGGACGGGUUGAAGAGAACAACUGACGUCAUGUUUGGAGGAAAACAGGUGGUGGUGUGCGGAUAUGGGGAGGUUGGCAAAGGUUGCUGUGCUGCCCUAAAAGCGUUGGGUGCUGUUGUAAACGUCACAGAAGCGGAUCCCAUUUGUGCCCUUCAGGCCUGCAUGGAUGGCUUCAGAGUGAAUAAACUGAGUGAAGUGGUCAGACAGGUGGACAUGGUCAUCACCUGCACAGGCAAUAAAAACGUGGUAAAGAGGGAACAUCUGGACAGAAUGAAAAACGGCUGCAUCGUCUGCAACAUGGGACACUCCAGCACUGAGAUAGAUUUGGUGAGUCUGCGGACUGCAGAGCUGAGGUGGGAGCGUGUGAGGCCUCAGGUGGAUCAUGUUAUCUGGCCUGACGGCAAGCGAAUCGUCCUGCUGGCUGAGGGCCGUUUGCUGAAUCUGAGCUGCUCCACAGUACCCUCAUUUGUCCUCUCCAUCACCGCUACGACUCAGGCUCUGGCUCUCAUAGAGCUUUACAGCGCUCCAGAAGGACGAUACAAACAGGACGUCUACCUGCUGCCAAAGAAGAUGGAUGAAUAUGUGGCCAGUCUUCACCUGCUGACGUUUGACGCUCACCUCACAGAGCUGACUGAUGAACAGGGCAAGUACCUCGGCAUCAGCAAACACGGACCCUUCAAACCCAACUACUACAGGUAUUAA